CCUCUUCAUUCACUGCAGGGCGGCUCACGGUGCAGAUCAGCCCGAGGAGACAGCACUGACACCAGGUCUGAAGGAGCAUCUGAACACACUGUAAGUACUCUGACAUACUUCAUCCAACCUUCCUUCAGAUUGACCAUGGUCCUGUGUGAGGACACAGAGUGCAGCGUCUGCCUCUCACCUUUCUCCCGGGUGGACAGGAUCCCACGGGUGCUCCACUGCAGACACACCUUCUGCGACCCCUGCCUGGAGACAAUGAGUCAGGUCAGGAGUGGGCUUCUCACUGUGUGCUGUCCCCUGUGUCGUCGAGUGACCUGCAUAGGACGUGGCCUUAGUCUGCAAGAAGCACUGUGGGUCAACAGCAGGCUGUGGGACCAGAUACCAGAGGACGAAGACAUAGAGGAUCAGGACAAGGAGGAGGAGGAGCGGCUGAAACAAGAAGCUGAGCAGCAGAGCAUGGAGGCUAAACAACAGCCCUCGUUACAAUCAGAGUGUCUUUCUGUCAGACCCUCCAGAACGAAGCUCAAAUUUCCUGCCUUCUUCAGAAAGUUCAGUUUGACAAAGCAGCAGCAGGAGAGGAUUGUCCCUGGCAGCAAUGUGGAGAUGAAAUCCUGGCGGAGGUUGUCGGUUGAAGACACGUUUUAAAACCAGACCGACCAGGAUGAGUCACGUGACCCUUUGCCAGCUCUUCUCAGGAUCUUUUUUUUUUUUUUUUUUUUUUUUUUUUUAGUCACUAGACGUCCUGAUCAGCCUUGAAAAGCAGUGGAGGAAAACUCAAGGCCAUUAGAAUCCAGAGUCCAUUUGUGUCCCUGUCAGCGCGGUGUAUUGUUCCCAGCCAAAGGUGCCCUGUUUUCCUAUUAUUUAUUCUGGGUUUAAUUCUCCCAGCUGGUGCUGUGGGAUUUUGUUCAGCUGUCAGGGUGGGGAUAACGCUCCACGAUAACCAAGACCCCCUCGUAACAGAUGGUCUCUGUGGACGAUCCCCACAGCCCGACAUUGAACAGUAUUUAUUACUUUUCCUUAUUUAUGAGAACUAGUUGACAGAAUAUUUAAUAAAAGUAUUUUUCUUCA